AAAGUUAUUAGCAAGGUUCAAGAUUUUUUUUAUUUUUACGUUGAAAGAUCUUAAUUGAGAAGAAGAAGGAUUGUGUAACGUGAUCGCCCAGUGUCCCCGAUAAUCGCCUCGAGCGCUGUGUAUCAACGUGUGUGAUCUUUGAGAGAUUGAAGAGAUAUCGGUGGAAGAAGGAUCACGAUCGGAAAUCGGGUAUCAAGUGUCAUAUAGCAAAGUGUUUCGGUUCAAUUAGAACCGGCAGCUGCAGAGGAAGCUUGUGAAGCACUAUACACGAUCAAUACAUUUUUUUGUGCAUGCGGCUGGUUGUGAAUGAAUUGGAAAGGAGCAAGUUUGUGAUUUUUUUUUUCUGGGGAGAGAAGUAGAAGGAAGAUCUGCUUCCGGUGCGAAGAUUUUUUUUCUGAAGUGGAAUCAAGUGAUCAGUUAGUCAAACUGGAACCGGCCGUCUCCGAUGGUAGUUUAGGAGGAAGUUUCGGUAUCAAGUCGGCACCCAAGUCUUGCGUCACCAUGGUUCGAAGUCUGUCGCAGUGGACCAAAACGCUGAGCUUUCCGGCCCGGAUUUCUCCCAACCGGAACUCGAAGGAGUGCAGCGUGAACGUGCUGCCAAUUACACCGCCUCCGGCACCGCCGAGGAACAAGUCGACCACUUCGACGACCUCAUCGGCAUCGUCGUCGACAUCGGCGUUGUCGAGCUCGUCAGCCACUUCGUCGCCUUCGCCACCACCGAACGUCCCCAUCACGGAAAUCAGCCAAAUUAUCUACCCGGACCCGGAAUCGGAGAAGGCCAUCAUGGGAUCGCUGGUGUUCUGCAUCCAUCACAAGCAGGGCUGCAAGUGGUCCGACGAACUCCGCAAACUGAAGGCUCACCUGAACACCUGUAAACAUGAUGCCAUCCCGUGCCCCAACAAGUGCGGUUCGCAAAUCCCGCGGGUAAUGAUGACCGAUCAUCUGGCCUUCACCUGCAUUCUGCGUCGUGCCAUCUGCGAGUUCUGCAAUGUGGAAUUCACCGGGAUCGGUCUGGAAGAGCACGCGGGAACCUGCAGUUCCGAGCCGAUCUACUGCGAGUCCAAGUGCGGAACACGUGUCGUCCGUGGCCGCAUGUCCAUCCACCGUGCCAAAGACUGUGCCAAACGGUUGCGCCGAUGUCCGCACUGCAGCCGCGAGUUCAGCGCCGAUACGCUGUCCGCCCAUGGAGCCACCUGUCCACGAAGCCCAGUGCCAUGCCCCCAGCGUUGCGAUGCCGGCCCAUUCGCAAGGGCCGACCUCGAAGGUCACCUACGUGACGAAUGCAAAGCGCUGUCAGUACCCUGUACCUUCAAAGAAGCCGGCUGCCGGUUCAAAGGGCCGCGCCAUCUAUUGGAAGCUCACCUCGAGUCCAACACCUCCUCUCAUUUGUCGCUGAUGGUUGCCCUCUCCGGUCGGCAGGGACAACAAAUCAACAUGCUCAAAAAUGCUAUGGCCAAACUCAGUACCAACUACACUGGAACGCUCCUGUGGAAAAUUACCGACUGGUCCGCUAAAAUGGUCGAAGCCAAAAGUAAGGACGGUCUCGAGCUGGUCUCACCGCCCUUCUACACCAGCCAGUACGGAUACAAACUGCAAGCCUCCAUGUUCCUCAACGGUAACGGACCUGGCGAAGGCACGCACGUUUCCGUCUAUAUUAAGGUCCUCCCAGGAGAAUACGACGCCCUGCUCAAAUGGCCAUUCUCCCAUUCGGUCACCUUCACCCUGUUCGAGCAAGGAACCCUUGGCAGCCAAGGCGGAGUAGCCGAAUCAUUCGUGCCGGACCCAUCGUGGGAAAACUUCCAACGGCCGUCCACUGAACCGGAUGCCCUCGGAUUUGGAUUCCCUCGGUUCGUAUCGCACGAACUCCUCAACCGCCGGCCGUUCGUCCGCGAAGAUACCGUCUUCCUGCGCGUCAAGGUGGAUCCCAGCAAAAUCGUUGCCGUAUAAAGCGACGAACCCCCAAACAAAAGACUCCUAGUUUGUAAGCGUUACGUAACGCAGCGUUACACCCACGAUUACCCACAACGAGAGAACAAUGAACUGCAUUUAUACUACGAUUCGCAUCCUGUACAUAUAGACGAGCGAAAUUAACUUUCUGAUUAGCGUAUAACCGUUAGGCAAACCCGAGUUGCCCGAGGGAAACCUUUACAAAUACAUCUGUACAUAGACCACGUGAAUUGGAAACCCUCGACAGCACCAAAACCUUGUAAUAAAGCCCAUCCGAGCGAUGAACGCCACAACGAAAAAAUAAAAACGAAUCAGCUUGACAAUCUCAACGUUCUAUAAGUUAGGAUUUUGUUACUGAAAAACCUUUCUAGCGUAACGUUCUUAGGAAUUACAAUCCCACCUCCCUUUGAAAGAACAAACGAGCAUCGACGGGAAGACGAAGAAGUAAAACUACUGCUGGAAUCAUGCCAAAGUUUUGUUUGGAUGGCUUUGCGCGAUCUGCCCUGGCGUCGCUCUUUCACGCCCCGGUCAGGCAAAGCUCACAUCAUAAUCAAAAAUAACGUACCCUUGUCUAUUUUUCUAAUUUUCUCCUAAUUCUGUCUCAAAAUUUUUAGUUCUAUUAAAAAUUUUCCCAGACUGUCUAAUCUUUCACACUAAAAAAUCAGGGUUUUUAUUUUGUUGAUUAAACGUACACAAGUAAUUCAAAACUUUUUUUCUUUUUUUUUAAUUAAGUCUAUCGAGUCAUUAGGAUGUAGUGAUUAAAAUUGUUGAAUAUCGAUUCUUGGUUUCAAACUUGCUGUAAGGCGUGCGAAUGUGUAUGCCGCCGAUACGUAUGUGAGCAGUUUCGAAGAAGAUCAUAGCUAGGAAACCAUUUCAAUACAAAUCUAGUGGAUAAGCCGUAUUUAACCAUGGUUAGUUUUUAAGGAAUAACACACCCACACAAAACCUAGUGAUAAGGUUCGCAAUUGGACGAAAAUACAAAUCAAAAAAUGAAUCAAACAACUCUAA